UUCUCAUCAGAGAGUCCACAAAGAACAAGGGAAGAACAGUGCUAGUCAAAAAUCGAGAGUUCCACAUCGGAUCCAGCACAAGCUCACACAGAGAGGAACAAGGAAGAUAGUGAGAGAGAGAGAAAGACGAAUGGAGGCCGGCACCGAAACGGCGCGUUCCGCAGGGCUGUACGGAGAGAGAGGUGCGGGAGGGAAGCUGAGGAAGCCACCGUCUCGAAAGCCGAAUACGACGCCGUAUUCCCGCCCGCCUUCGAACCAAGCCGCGCGGGGACCGCGGCGGUGGUUGUCGGGUAUUGUCGAUCCGGCUUAUCGGCUGAUAUCUGGAGGCGCCACUCGGCUCUUCCCCUCUUUCUUCUCCAAAUCGAAUUCCCUCAAUGCCCUAACUCCGCCCAUUGCCCAGCAUCACGAUGAGCAGCACAUGGAGACGGAACAAAAUGCUAUCGCUGAUCGUGAGGACAAUUCCGAGUUGAAUAAUGGGAUAUCCAUAAUAACUGAAAUAGCAGGCCCUAGCAAAACAGCCGAUGGAUUAAAAAGUGGUUCGGAAUUUGAAGGGAAUAAGAAGGGUGACCAGUCUGAGUCUGAGGAUAUUGGACUUUCUGAAAUUGAGCAGCUAUUGAAGGGGAAAAAAUUUUCUAGGAAUGAAGUCAAUCACUUGAUGGAAAUUAUACAUUCGAGGAGGGCUGUUGAACUUCCUAAUGUGGAUCACAAAAAGAAAAAACAAAGCUUUAGUGCUGCUGAAAAAGCCAAGUGGCCUGUAAUUACAGAUGAUAUUCCGAAGUCAUCUGAAGAAAAGCAGGAAGACUUGAAUAAAGCUAUUUGGGCAACCUCAGCCCCUCUACCACAGUCAGCUAUGCGAGAUCAAGUUGGUGCUUCACCUGUUGAUAUUGCAAGAGCAUUUAUGGGAAGCAGAACAUCAGAAAUUGAUCCUUCGUCUAAGAAUGCAGUGUCAAAAGAUGAAAUGGCCACACUGCAUGGCGAUGAGUUCUCUUCCAAACCAUUUCUUCCAACACUGUCUAAACCAUCGGCAUGCUGGCCUGGUUCUAUGGUACAGGAUCAACGUGAUUAUUCAACUCCACAGACUGAAAGAGGCAGAUUUGGCCUUCAUAAUCUUCCUCGAACUCCUUAUUCUAGAACUAUCUUUUCAAAAUCCAAAUCCAAGUUAACUCAAUUACAAGGUGGUAAUGACAAAGCCCCAAGAAUUGUAUUUACUCCAUUGAAACAAUCGCAUACUCCUAUAUAUGGGAAGCCAAGGGGUGAUACAUUGGAUGGUGGCUUUGGAUCAGCUGGACCAAUUCGCAGGUUACGACAUAAAUCUGCUGUGCAAACUCCUGCUACAGGAUCUCCUUAUGUCCGUUCCUCUUCAUUUGGGCCUUCACGGGUGGAGAACUCCAGUGCUACCAAAGGCUUCUUGCCUGCCACGAAGCAUUUUGAACUUGGAGGAUUAAGUGGGAACUCCCAAACGCAAUCAUCACACAGGAAGUCUUCCAGCUUUGGUGUGCCAAGUGUUCAUCCAGAGUCUAGUCAUAUUGCUAGGACAAUCUUGGAGCACAUUGAUAGAAACCCGCCCACUCCUAAAGAGAAGUCAGAAGAGUUAAAGCUAGCCUUUGCAUGGAAGAAAACCCCGUCUUCUGGUGUUUCUUCAGUCAACCAGAAUGGACAUGAUAGCUUACCACUUGUAGGAGGGUUCAAUUCUCGUAAGCUCAUAAGUCAAGAUUACCAGAAAAAUGCUGACAAGGGAAAUUCUCUGUUUAAGAUUCCACCUGUGCAGAACACUACAAAAGCCACUGCUGUUGCAAACAAUAUCCCUGCUGGUGAUGGGAGGGAUGGAAGAUCUCUGAACACGAUUACACAUGAGGAUUUUUCGAAGUUUGCUUCAUCUGGCUCUGAGGUACUAGAUCAACAAAAGAAGCCUGCAUCUCAAUCUUCAGGGGCUAAACGUGCGUUUCCUUCUAUAUCCGUUGACAAGCCCGAAUCAAAAUGGACGUUUUCUUCUGGUAGUAGCUCUGGCUUCAGUUUCCCUGUCUCUGCAUCGUCUGAAGUGUUUUCUGAACUACCAACACCAUCCUUUAUACCAACUUUCCUGGCAAGCAGUCAGCAUCAGUCCAAUGAAGAUGGAUACGCUGUUCCUACUUACGAUUUUGGAUCCAAGAAGUCAGAUCCCCUUGUGUUUGCAUUCCCUUCUACAAGUGCGGAAAUUCAGAACGAUGCUUCAGAUAUUAAGUUCAGUUUUGGAUCAGAUGAGCCGAAGUUGUCUUUCGGUUCAAUAGGCAAAGACGCCAUCUGUUAUUAACUAAUAAGAAGGCACAUUAGCAUUUCUUUUCGAGUAUAGGUUUAAGAUUUUCGCAAGGGUUUUGUGUACCUAAACCCAUGCCUCAUUUUACCUUGGAAUUGGAGUGAAAUUGCAGGACAAGUAGUUUAGUAGUGAGUUUGAAUUUCCCUUUACUCAAAUAGUCCAAUUGGGAAUGAAUUGGUGGGUUUUGGCUAA